AAGCAAAAGUUGAGCUAACAUAUAGCGUGAUCAUUGACGUUUCUAUGUUGAACAGUUUAUAUAAAUCGAAAAUAUUACACACAAACGCUAGUUCUCUAUGACGACAAACAUGCAAAUCAUUCACUAAUGUCGUCGAAUAACGAGUUUUCAGAGCACGAACUUACAGAAUUCUACGUAUUUGGAAAAAAUACAGAACAUAUAGAUAUUAACUUCACUGAUUCACUGCAUAAAGAUACAUACACUUAUGUUCCAACACUACCAGCCGCAUUACAUCCUCAAUUUCAUAAGAAAAUAAAUAAAUUUGAAAAUCUGUCUGAAAAUAUGAGUACUUCCAAUGUAGUGUCUUUGCAAACUUUAAGUGAUGGCAAAAUACAAGCAACGAGGUCUCAAAGUGUUAAGAAUCAGAAUCCUGAAAGAAUGAGUCUAGACAGAAGAGGAUUAAUGACCGUUCCGGUGAUAACGGGUGAAUCUCGAUUAAGACUUCUAUCAAUGCAACACAAUUUACUAACAAAGUUAGAUGGUAUUUCAAACCCUAACCUUUCUAGGCUAGUUUUUUUAGACAUUUAUGGAAAUCAAGUGGAAAGAAUUACAAAUCUUGAUAAUCUGAAUAACUUACGUGUACUUUUGUUAGGAAAAAAUAGAAUCAAAAGGAUAGAAGGAUUGAAAUCACUGCAGAGAUUGGAAGUACUCGAUUUACAUGGAAAUCAAUUAACCCAAAUUGGAGGUUUGCAAAAUCAAGGGGAAUUAAAAGUGCUUAAUUUAGCAGGAAAUCAAAUAAAAGCGAUUGGUUCAUUAGAUUUAGUUGGCUUAAAAUCACUGAGAGAAUUUAAUCUUCGGAGAAAUAAAAUAAAAUGUUUACUUGGAUUUGCAGAAACGCCUCAACUAACAAAACUCUUUCUUAGCAACAAUGAACUAAACACUAUAGAAGAUUUGCCAAGUAUUGUGAAUUUAAAUAAACUUCAAGAAUUAGCUAUUGACAACAAUCCAGUGUCGAACACUGAAGUAUGUAUUUCAUUUGUAAUAUCGCACCUUCCUCAACUUCAAGCGUUUAAUCGCUUCAAAAUAUCCGACCAAAUGAGGCGAGCUGCAACUAUAUGGAAAGAAACUCGCGAAAGUCUUAAAUGUGUAUCAACUAAUUCUAUAUCUGAACCAGGAAAAAAUGGUCGUGAACACGUUAUAUACAAUGCUAAAGCUAAUUGGGAACAUAUGAGUUCAUAUCAAAUUACCCAUCCGAAUUUAGCAUCUUCAUUAAAAGAUCUUAGAAGUUCCACAGAGACUGAAGAUGGCACCAAAAGUGAUUCAGUAUUAUGUAAAAACACGUCUCAAAAUAAUACCGAAAUAUCGGUAGCAGAUCGUCGUAAGAAAAAAAUGUAUUUUUUAAACAAAAAUCGAGUAUUUGUUGAAAAAAAAUUAUGCCAGCGUCCCGUGAAUAACAAAAAUGAAUUGGUCCCCGUAACUCGAUUACCGCCUAUAUUAAAUCAAUACCUUAAUCAAAGUCCUAAUUCACGCCAAAUGACUGUUUUUCAUCGAAAUGAUAACAGUAUUCAGGAAAUAUGCCAGCCUGAUCAAAAUAUUCAGAGUAAACAAAAUAUAUUAAGUCAAGGUAAUGCUGAAGCAUCUUCAAGUAGUGACGAAACCGAUUGUAGUAGUAGUUCUGCAUCAUCCAAACAAAAAAGUUUAUUAAAACAACCUAAAAAACUCAUUAGACCUAUAAAAAGUGCAAAUCCUAGAAUGACAGCACCUAUUAUAUGUGAUAAACAAGAAAAAGAUUUUAGACCAACCACAUCACAUUCAAAACAGCUGGGAUCAAACUCUAAUCGUAAAGAUAAAAAUAAAGAACAAGGAGGUGAUUAUUUGGUUGAAAUAACAGGAAAAUUUUUAAAUGUUUAUGGUCAAAGUAGUUUACGGUAUAUUGAUAAACCAUGGAAUCAGUCAAAAUCUAGUGAUGUCACUACAAUUAAAUUUAACUACGUUAUUUUUAACUCACUUGUACCAAUAUUUUCAAAAAUUAAAAAUCGUUUUCCUAAUGCUGAACAGUAUUUUUUCCGAGAUACAAAUAUUUAUUGUCUUGGUCAGUUAAAUGCAUUGGCAGAUUUGCAGGGUAUAGUAUCUUUAAGUAUACACGAAGAUGGAAAUCCAAUUACAAGAAAAGAUUGGCAACCUUAUGCAAUAUACAGGCUAUCGCAUUGGGGUUUGAAAUAUAUUAAUGACUUAGAGAUUGAUGAUAUACAAAUAAUAAAAUCAUCAGAUACCUACAAAGGAUUAAGUGAUCUUGUUUUGUGCUCUCUACCUGAAUCACUGUUGACUUCUUUACUUAAUAAAUUACAACUUGAUUAUAGUACUGAAGAGAAUGCAUGUAAAUGGCUGCAGUCAUCGGAUCCAGCGCUAAGGAGUGUCGUUUGUAAAGAAGCUCUCCAGUGGCGUAAAAAUAGUAACGCUCAGGAUGAAUGUAUUUGGAGACAUAAAGGAUUGACACAUUUCAAUUCACUGAUAAACACAACUUGUUUUGCCAUGGCUAAAUUGAUCUUUUUAGAAUACGAAUGGCCACAUAUUCUUAAAGAAAUCGUACAAAAUACAUUAGUGGAUUAUUCACAAUUAGAAGACUACAUGAAGAAAAAAUUGAAUGAUCUGCGUCCUUUAUAAAGCAAUUAGAACUCUUUGAGAUGAAAUUUAUUUUUAAAAUUUAUAAAAACAAAAAUAUGAUGUUAUACAAUUUAAGACAGUAUUCCUUGUUAUCGAAUAUAAAAAGUAAAUUAUUUUGUGUGAAGUAUUAUAAAAAAAAAAUUUAAUUAAUUUUUAUAUUCACAUUAUUUAUAUAGUGAAACAAUUUUUUUUCGUUGAAUUUUUUUUUGAUAAAUUUGUAUUAUUUGAAUGCCAUUUGAACAUUUUGACCACAAUAUUGUAUGAAAAAAUAAAAAAAAAAUGCUAGAAAAACAAAUUAUUGGAUUGAAUAGACUGAUUUUUAUCAAUAAACAAAAAUGAUUACUUGAAAAAUUAUUAUUUAUUAUUUGAACU